AUGGACACCAGUACUACAAAUACUACUCAAGAUGAUGACACGGAUUGGUCAAGAAAUACUUCAAUUGACCGAAUUGAGUACAUACAAAAUGGGACGAAUGAUACUUUUGAAACGUUAUAUGACGUUCCCACUGGCAUGAUAGUGUUGCUGUCUUUUCUGUAUGGCUCAAUAUCAGUGCUAGCCGUUGUCGGAAACUUCCUUGUGAUGUGGGUUGUGGCCACGUCGAGGCGAAUGCAGAGCGUCACUAAUUGCUACAUCGCGAAUUUAGCUUUAGCUGAUAUAGUCAUAGGAUUAUUUGCUGUGCCGUUUCAAUUCCAAGCUGCUUUGUUGCAGAGGUGGCUCCUCCCACAUUUUAUGUGUCCUUUCUGCCCGUUCGUUCAAGCGUUAAGUGUCAACGUCAGUGUGUUUACACUCACUGCCAUUGCGGUUGACAGGCACCGAGCCAUUAUCACCCCACUCAGUGCUCAUACGUCAAAGCGUAUUGCCAAAGUGAUAAUAGUGGUUAUAUGGCUGCUAGCACUUUCACUAGCCGCUCCUAUGGCCAUGUCUUGGGAGGUCAUCAUGGAAGAUGAACUAGAUCCAGCUACAAAAAUCUUUUAUAAAAAGCCGUUUUGUGCGCCAAGCGAAUUCGGUUCACACUCGCUGUCGAUUUACAGACUAUUGUUAUACGUAUUUCAGUACGUAAUCCCACUUUGUGUGAUUACCUUUGCUUACGCUCACAUGGCUAUGAAGCUGUGGGGGGCCCGGGCGCCUGGUAACGCGCAAGAAACACGCGACGCAAAUCACAUGAGGAACAAGAAAAAGGUGAUAAAAAUGCUCGUCCUUGUCGUGGCACUGUUUGCAUUAUGCUGGCUUCCUCUCCAGAGUUAUUUAUUAUUACAAUCGUUCAUUCCUUCAAUAAACGAGUAUAAGUACAUUAACGUCAUUUUCUUCUGCUUCGACUGGUUAGCGAUGAGUAACUCUUGCUAUAAUCCAUUUAUCUACGCUAUUUACAACGAGAAGUUCAAGAAAGAAUUUAAACAACGUUUCACUUUCGGCAAAAAACCAAGCAGAUACGUAAAUGAUAGUUACGAGGAUGGCCAGUCUUAUCGAACUCGGAUUUUAUCAUUUCGGUCUACAAACGAUAGAAGUGGUUACUCUGCUAGAAAAUCUCUCAAUAUUCCACCCGGCGACACGUUGAAAGUUUCAUCUCGAAAUUCAUGCCAUUGCAUGGGAGGUCAAAACAGAGAAAAUGGAUUCAAUUUAACAAAGACUGAGGACAUGGAGGGCAUUGGUAAUAGUAAAAGAUACACGAAUUUAAGGAUGAGCAGUACAGAUAUUGGUAAAAGAAGAUUGGCUAAGAAACUUUCCAACAGAGAUGACAUGCCUAUAGGCGAUGAGAGAGUCAGUGAACUGUAUAUAUUUCCCAAUAGUAACAUUGUUGAAUUCACAGACAUAUCAUACGAUGACAAAGUGUAA